AAUAUUUUGACAGCUGAUGUUGACAUAUUUGGUCGUUAUAUCCAUUUUGAAUUGAAACCAAAAUAAUUUUGCGUCCAUUGUGAAUUGUAGUUGGUUGCAUUUUUUAGUUUUACUUAUAUUUUAUUGUAUUUUUAAACAUGUCGAACCAGUCCAAUAACUCGAAAAAGAAAAUUCAUCCCCAACCAUUGCAGAAUGUAAAAGUUGUAGUUCGCAUUAGACCUAUAAGCAGACAAGAAGAAGAUCAAAAUGUUAAGAAUAUAGUAAAGUGCCAUACCCACAGAGAAAUGUUUUUAAAAGAGAAAAAGUAUACAUUUGACAGAGUUUUUAAGCCAACUGCAAGUCAAAUUGAGCUGUACAUGAAUGUGGUAGCUCCUCUAAUUCAAGAUGUCGUGGAGGGCUAUAAUUGCACAGCAUUCGCCUAUGGCCAAACUGGUACUGGCAAAACUUACACCAUGACUGGUGAAACGUGCAGGGUGGUAGGAAAUUGGAAAGAAGAUGAAUAUGCUGGAAUUAUUCCAAGAGCAGCAUUUCAUAUUUUCGAUGAACUCAACAAGAUGUCAAAUGUUGAUAUGAGUGUAAAAGUUUCUUACAUUGAAUUGUACAAUGAAGAAAUUAGAGAUCUUUUAAGUGACGAUGAAAAUACUUUACAAAUAUACACUGACAACAAAGGUUCUGUUUCAAUUCAGGGUGUUAAUGAAAUAUCAACCCACGAUGGUGAAGGUAUCUGCAAACUUUUUCAGAGAGGAAUUGUAAAACGUCAAAUAGCACCAACUCUCAUGAACCAUCAAAGUUCAAGAUCUCACACGGUUUUUACCAUCACUGUUGUUACAAGAGAAAGUACUCCUUCUGGUGAUGAUAUUCUAAAGGCUGGAAAAAUUAAUUUAGUUGAUUUAGCUGGUAAUGAAAAUAUUGCCAGGUCAGGUUGUAAAGAUUUGAGAGCUACAGAACUGGCUAAUAUUAACAGAUCAUUAUUGACUUUAGGAAGAGUUAUCCAUGCUUUAGUUGACAAGUCUCAGAAACAUGUUCCAUAUCGAGAUUCCAAAUUGACUCGAAUACUUCAAGAUUCAUUGGGAGGUCACACGAAAACAGUCAUAAUAGCGACGGUAUCACCAGCACAUAAUUCGUAUGAAGAAACAACAAGUACGUUGGACUAUGCCACUAGAGCCAGAGACAUAAAGAACACUCCUACUAUUAAUGAAAAAAUGACAAAACAUCAGAUAAUUGAUGGUUUGGUCAAAGAGAUUGAUAGGUUACAAAAGGAUUUGGAUGCUGCAAGAUCAGGGACAGGUUUUUAUGUAGACAAGGAAAACUACCAAAAAAUGUUGGACGCCAUAUCUGCUGUAACAGGUGAAACUAUUAGCGCUGAUGAAUUAACAGCACGAAAAGCAGAACGAAUCAAAAAUUUAGAGGACCUAAUGUAUGCUAAAUUACGACAAUUCGAAGAAACGGUUGAACAGUGCAAAAAACACGAGCAAGAAUUAGAAACGGCAAGGGCCACAAUGAAAGAACAAGAUGAAAACUUAGAACAAGAAAAGUUUCUUUCGAAAUGGUAUGAAAAUCAAACAUCGGAAAAGUUAGCUGAAGCGCAGAGAUUUUUGAACGUAACAAAAACGCUGCACAGUGAAAAACAAAUUUUAUUGGCUAAAUUGGAGCAUCAAUUCAGUAUUAACGUUUCGAAUGAAAUGGUGACGCACAAAGCGGUUACAGAAGUGACAAAUAUGAUAGAUAAAUUUGGAUGUGAAGAAACCAGAAAAAUAAAAGUUUCUGAAGAAAAAGUUAGGGACGAAUUUAAAAAAAGUGUUUUAGAUCUUCAUAAAGAUUUAUCGAAUUCCUCUAGUACGAUAAAGGAAUUGUCGGAGCAGUGCGAAUCUAGAGCUAGGAAAGAAAAAAACGGAUUUUCAGUAAAAAAUUGCAUUUUGACGAAAACGAAUGACUAUCUUGACGCCAUUAGAAAAAAAACUCUCGUGUUUGAAGGGGUAUUAGGUGAAUACGAAAAGCAGCUAAAUUUUCUAAAAUUGGAAGUUCCUAAAAUGGCAAAAAUUUAUAGAAAAAAUACGGAAAUGUUUUUCGAUAAAACAAUGACAUUAGUAAAGACCUAUGAUGACGAAAUUAAAAAUGACAUUAUAGAAGCAGGAAACUUAAAAACAUUGGAGUGUUUGAACGAUUCCGAGAAACAACUAAAGACCAGCAUAGAAGGGAAAGAAAAUAUAAUAGCAAUGUUACGCCAACAAAUAGAAGAUGAAAAUGCAACUUUAUACAGGAUACAAAAAGAAAAAGAGGACCUUAUGAAUACAGACAAACGAGUAAAAGAUUGUAUAUCAGAAAGAAUGACACAUUUAAAAAGCUUAGUAUUGGAAUCGUCUAAGGAUUUGAACAGUUCUUUGCAACUUCCUGCUUUAAUAGACAUACAAGGAGCAGAAGUACAAGACCUAUUUGUCGUGGUUAAAGAAUUUGAAGACAAAUUAAAUGAAAUUGCUUCGUUCCUCGAUGAAAAACAUGAAAAAAUAACGCAAUGCACGAUAGAAGAAUUUAGUAGAUCUGUAUCUAAUACGUGCAAAGUUAUAGAGAAAAGUUUGGAUGAAAAGGUGAAUGGUUUGAUAAAAAAUAUAGAUGUUAUGAUGGGAAGGAGUGAAGUGGUGGAAUCAUUUACACUUUUUAGUAAUAACAUUAAACAGAUUUUAUAUGAACAAAUCUUGGAUAAAAAUGUGAAAGCUAGUCAUGUAGGAGAUACACCUGUCCGGCAAUCAACUUCAUAUCCAUCGAGGAUACAAGACAUCACCCCUAGAGAAGCUCUUAUUGAAAAAUUUAAAAAGACUAUGAUGCAAAAAUUGGAAGAACAUACUGAAGAUGGUUGCAUGGAAAAUGAUCUAUUACUACCUUAAGAUUUGAGUAGACAUGUUUUUAUUUAUUUUACUUUAAGUUCUGCAGGUGAUACUUUAAAUUUUAAACGUUUUUGUUUUUUUUUUAUUUUUUUUUUUUAAAUAGCUUGUAACAUGUCGGAUUGCAAUAUUUUAAGAUAAUGUAAAUAGAAAAAGUAUCGGCUAAGUGCUCUUUUUGGGUUUAAAAAAUGAAUCACUCACUUUAAACCUAAAUAUAUUCUAAAACUGCAGUUAACGUUUUCAUGAUUAUUACUAUGAGAAAUAAAGUAGAACUCAAAAAUCUAAUUGGGAAUUUCACAAUUUCGCUAUCUUGUACUGAAAUCUUGAGACUAGGAAUAUUACCUUUGAUUAGAUGUAUACAAUAAAGUUUUUCAACAAUUUAAAAAAAUAUAUUUGAUUCAUAAAAAAAUAUGAAUGAUCGGAAUAUUCAUUUUAAUUAGAACAGUCUCAAAGAUUUUGACUGCAACAAGUGAUAUAUAUUUUUUGAUCUUAAAUAGAGUAAUGGCAAAUAAAAAUAUAUAAUUUGUCUUGUUUAUUUUAUGUAUUAUACUAUAAGACUUUUGUAUAAAAAAAUUACCACAUUUAUUUUAUAAAAAAAAAAACUGCCUUAUGUGUUAGACAGAUAAGCGAAAUAUAAGUAUUUUCAAGAGUUUUAUUAUAUAUUAUCUAUAUAGGUUCGGUAUAGUUAUUUUCCCAAUGAGAGUGAAAAGCAGUUAAGUAGUGAUAGGAAUAUUUAAUAAAAUAAAUUAGAACGAAG